AAAUUGAUUGUGAAGUGUUUAAUUACAUGGUUGUAACCAGAGCCUAAACUAUUCCUUCAAAGUAUCGCAGCAAAAAUAACUUUUAUUUUUGUUUCAAGGACUGCAUAAUUUCUUCAUUGUUUACGAAAUCGUCUACGUACAUUACCUAAUAUCAAUUAAUAUCAGUACAGCAUCGCUUUUGAUAACUUGCAGUAAAUUUCACAUAAGAACUGCAUUAAAAUGUAUCUUUCAACACAAAGUAUUGUUCGUUACUUAGUACUCGUUGAAUGUGUUCAUUGUACUCCCCCUAAGCGCCCAUAAUGUCUCGCUGGGCCGUCUGUGUCAGUUGCCGCGCAAACAGGAUAAGGGCAAGACUGAAAUGAUAACAAACACAAAAUAAUUGAUCUCUUUUUGGGCAUUUAUUAUAAAAGUACUUAAAUAUGGAGUCUGAAGAUGACAUUCAGCCUCUGAUUGAGGAGGAAGUUAUAGAGUCUACUACAUCUAGAGAUCUUUGUUUAGAAUUUAAUACUCAGGAAAUUCAUACAGAUCCAGAAUUUGAGCAGGUAGUAUAUGGCUACCGGAGGAGCAGAUGGCGGACCAACCUGGUGCACUUCUUCUCGGUGCUGUUCUGCGGGAUACCAGCAUUAUUGUUCCAUUGGUGUCCGACGUGGUAUCUUUACGCGACCUGCUUAAGGGCUUGCUUCCAGCUAGCAGACCAAGUUUUAGUUGUGGAAACAUAUCAGAAGAAAUGCAAGACAUACUACAUACACAAAAUUAUAGUGAAGACAAUAGCAGACACAAGGUAAGAUAGACUAAUAAUAAACAUACCCUGGAGUCCUGGGCGCAGGAAUGAUUUC